UGCGCCAUAGUUAUGUUAUGUUAAUGUUAUGUUAUGACGUCAGCGGUGUCCCGGAUGUUCUCCGCCAUAUUGUUGAAGAGUAUCCAGAAGUUAUUAAACCGUGCUGCGUUCAUCCCUUGCACUCGCGUCGUCCUUUGCGAUCCUGGUAGUUCACUACUGACGUGGUAGCAGCGAUAGGAUUCGAACUACCCACCAAGACAAAAAAUUGCCGGGAUACGCUCCUUAAACGACCGUGAUGGCAUCGAAUCGCACUCGGAAACAGUGGCCUCUGACAACAUCGGAAACCAUAACGUCAUUCGAAUCAUGGAAAAACAACCUGGUCUACGGCCUAUCGCUUGAUCCCAACUUUGCUCCCUUUCUCGCCCCCGGCGCCACGUGGCAAAAGCAGAGCCGAGGGGUGGAAAAUCGCGGCUUACUGGCUGACGGUGAAGACGUUCCGGAAGCUCAGAGGAAAACAGCAGCACAGAAGGCCGCCAUUUUGGACAUGCUCCUUGGCCAGAUCGCCAAUUUCUGCCCUAUCAUCGCCAGAUCUCGUAUCUGCAAGGCAAGUGUGUCUCUGAACGACAUAUGGCAAACUAUUCGCUUACACUUUGGGUUUCAGUCCACGGGGGGAUAUUUCCUCGACAUCGCUAAUAUUAAGCUGGAACCAAACGAGAAACCGGAGGAUUUGUACCAACGAUUAUGUGCCGCUGUAGAAGAUAGCAUGCUCACUGCGGCAGGGCCUAUCACUCACCACGGGGAGGCUAUGACGGCUGACGAAGAGCUCACACCGUCUCUCGAAAACUUCAUUGUCUUAACAUGGCUCAAACUAAUCCAUCCUGACCUCCCAGCGCUCAUCAAGCAACGGUAUGGCCCUGAGCUUCGAAACAAGACACUAGCCUCCAUUAAGCCAGAAAUAUCCUUGGCCUUGUCGUCUCUCUUGGACGAACUUCGUAGCACGGAAGACAUCCGCACUCUCCGUCUCACUCAGAACCGCCAGCCGUACCGGAAGUACCCAUCCACCCGCCCCCAAGGCGCCAAGACCAAGUUCAAGACUAACUCUAACACCAAGAGUAGCCCAGCUACGUGUCCACUUUGUGAACAGGCAGCCCUUUCCUGGAAGCAAACGGGUUCACUAUUGACUUCACUCAACGCCAGAUCCGCCUCCCAGAUGGGUCCAUCUCCAGUUACACUCCAUCCGUCAAAAGACACAACCCGCACAUCCACCGGAUCUCCCACAACCUGAUUCGCAUGCAGGACAAGUCAACCACCCUGUGGCCCUCUGACUUCUUGGAACUCCAACUACCCGAGGACCUGAAAGACUACCCUGAUGUCGCCCUUGAACCCCGUCUUGAUUCUCUUUCCACCCAGCAGGCAAAGGCGUUCCACCAGGGUACGUACCACAAUAUUGCAGGCUACAUAAGAGUCCCAAACAUCUCGUGUGCACCUGUCCACAUCGCAAAGAACAUGCAUCUCUUUAAUGCUGUGCCAGUGGUCUCGGUUGUCUCUCCCUCCCCAACUCUGCGGUCUUCAACUGUUCCCCCUGACCAACCACCUUCGUACCAACAUCAGCCUUUCUCUGACUCCGUCCAUCUCGAUCCGAACAACAUCCUCAGUUCUACUCAGCGGUAUGCCAUGUCAUCAGCCCUUCAAGAGUUUGACCAGGUUUUCAACCCCCAGUUUCCUGGCUACAACGGCGCAGUCGGUCCCAUCCAGGCCGUAGUCAACAUGGGUCCAGCGCAGCCCCCACAACGUAAGGGACGUCUUCCCCUCUAUGGCAAAAACCGCCUCGUCGAGUUGCAGCACACCUUAGAUGACCUUGAAUCCAAAGGCGUCAUUGCUACUCCAGAGGAUGCUCAGACGGUGGUGGAGUAUUUGAAUCCAUCAUUUCUCGUCAAUAAACCAAAUGGCGGACAUCGCCUCGUCACAGCAUUCACCGACGUGGCAAAAUAUUGCAAGCCUCAACCAUCGCUCCUGCCAAACGUUAACAUGGUCAUGCGCCAGAUAGCGUGUUGGAAAUACAUCAUAGUCUCCGAUCUUACCUCGGCAUACCAUCAAAUCCCUCUACACCCGAACUCUCGCAAAUAUUGCGGCAUUGUCACCCCGUAUAAGGGCAUCAGAGUGUACUGCCGCAGUGCCAUGGGAAUGCCAGGCAGUGAAACAGCACUGGAGGAGCUGAUGUCACGCGUCUUAGGUGAUCUGUUGAUGCGUGGAAUCGUCGCCAAAAUUGCCGAUGAUUUGUACUGCGGAGGAAACACAUUUCAAGAACUCCUCGCCAACUGGAAGGAAGUCCUAACUGCCCUCCGGGCCAGCGAUUUACGCCUUUCCCCGUCCAAAACCAUCAUCUGUCCAGCAACUACCACGAUUCUAGGAUGGCACUGGAACCAAGGCCAGAUAUCAGCCUCUCAACACACAUUAUGCACGCUGGCUACAUGCUCUCCACCCCCAUCCAUCACAGCCCUACGCUCCUUCAUUGGGUCUUACAAGGCCCUGUCUCGCGUCAUUCCAGGCACAUCGGUACUCUUGGGACCGUUAGACAACCUGGUCGCAGGCCGAUCAUCCGGCGAUCCCAUCCAAUGGUCAGAUGAGAUGCUUGAGGUAUUCCGCAAGGCUCAGCGGGGCUUGGAUCAGCAUCAAGCGGUUGUUCUCCCUAGACCGGAUGACGAACUCUGGUUAGCAACCGAUGCCGCUGCCCGCCCAACUGGCAUAGGCGCCACGCUCUUCCUUCGUCGCAACAACAACACAAGGGUUGCUGGCUUCUUCAGUUGUAAGCUUAAGCCACACCAGCGCCAAUGGCUACCAUGCGAGCUAGAGGCCCUUGCUAUAACAUCCGCCCUGAAACAUUUCAAGCCGUUCUUUAUACAGACAACUAAACCAGCAUUUCUGGUCACAGACUCCAAACCGUGUGUCCAGGCGGUGGAAAAGCUACGCCGAGGCGAGUUCUCCCACAGUCCACGAGUGUCCACCUUCCUUGCCGCUAUAAGCCAGUUCCCGAUCAGUGUACAACACAUCAGCGGUAAACACAAUCUAUCUACCGACUACGCCAGCCGCCACGCCCUGGAGUGUUCUGACAGCAAAUGCCAAGUCUGCUCCUUCGUCCAUGCCCUCAGUGAGGAACCAGUCAUUAACACCACCACGCUUAGUUCGGCGUCUAACCUAGACCUCCCAGUGUACACCAGUCGCCAGGCUUGGCACGCCAUCCAGAACUCGUGUUCUUCAUUACGACGGGUCUUCGCUCACCUUCAGCAAGGCACACGCCCAUCAAAGAAGGACACCAAAGCCCGUGAUGUUAAGUCCUACCUGUCACGCGUUACCAUCGCUCCCGACGGUCUAUUGAUUGUUCCCAACAGAGAUAUGUUUGGUGUCACCCGUGAUCGCAUAGUGGUCCCCCGUCAGGUGGCCCACGGCCUGGCUACAGCGAUUCACCUCCGGAUUGGCCACCCCACCUGCCACCAACUCAAGGCUGUCUUCUCCAGGUAUUUCUUUGCCUUAAACAUGGACGCCGUUCUCCACCAGGUCUCGGAUGCAUGUGACCAAUGUGCCUCCCUCAAACGCCAACUACCCAUCCCUCCGUCCUUCACCACACAACCACCUCCUUCAACGGUCCUCACCUCGUUCGCAGCAGAUGUGAUGAGACGAGCCCGCCAACAAAUCCUUGUUGUCAGAGAAUGCAGUACCUCCUUCACAAGUACUCAGCUCAUCAGCAGCGAAACAUCCACCAGCCUCAGAGAUGGACUAGUUGCAUUGUGCACUCCACUUCGUCUCCUGGAUGGUCCUCCUGCUGUCAUACGUUGUGACCCAGCCCCAGGAUUCCAGGCCCUGAUCAACGACCCCUGGUUGACAGAACAUCGUCUCCAGAUUGAAGUAGGGCACCACAAAAAUGUCAACAAAAACCCUAUUGCAGAACGCGCCAUUGAGGAGCUGAGAGAGGAACUCCGUAAGAUUGACCCUCUUGGCCAACCUAUCACACCCGCCCAACUAGCCGUGGUCACGGCCUCCCUGAACACAAAGGUCCGAUCCAACGGCCUCUCAUCGCGAGAGUAUCUGUACCAACGAGACCAAUUCAGUGGCGAGCAACUCCCACUUUCAGACAACCGUCUCCUCGAAGAACAACACCGCCGUCGUUCCGAAAACCACGCCCCCAGCGCCAAAUCCAAAUGCCCCAAGGCAGGGCUCGCGCCCACUCCCACCUUCCAUGUGGGAGACUUAGUCUAUGUCCAUUCAGAUAGAGACAAAUCCCAAGCUCGCAGUCGGUACCUAGUCACAGCAGUGGAAAAGGACUGGAUCUAUAUCUCCAAGUUUACCGGUCGCCAGCUGCGUGCUAGAUCCUACAAGGUUCGAUCAGCAGAAUGCUAUCCUGUCCCAUGCCAGGUGCCACCGCAGCAACGCCAGACUGUCCCCUCUGACGAUGACAACAACGACGAUUCUGACCCUGAAGACCCUAUCCCUUCAGCCCCGGCAAACGAUCCGGUUCCAGCAGAAGACUUGGUUCCAGUCAACGGCCCCCUACCAGAACUUAACGACCCACCGAACACUCCUCCCCCUCUGCCAGAACUACAUAACCCACCGGACACUCCUCCUCCCUUGCCCCAACGCCAGUCCGACCGAUGCAGACGACAGCCGCGGUACCUGAAAGACUUUGUGCUGUCAUAGUCUUAGUGUGACGAAAAGUUAUUUUCAAGACCUGAUGUAUCCCUGAGUAAUACUAGUACGUACUCACAUAGUCCAAACAGAUAAACACUUAAUGCCAGAUAUGAAGUAUCACCAUAUAUACUCGUGUAUUCCAAAGUUAGUGUAAACAACAGUUAUCGUGUACUCCAAGGUUAUAUAAGUCCUGAUUCUUAACAUAGUUCACACCAGAUUGUAUACUCCAAAGUUACCUAGGUCCUGAUUCUUAACAUAGCUCAUAGUCAUACCAUGGUAGUGUUCGUAAACUCCAAAGUUACUUAGUUGAGAUAACACCAUAUAUUCAUAGCUUAGAUACUCAUAGUCAUACCAUGGUAGUGUACGUAUAAACUCCAAAGUUACUUAGUUGAAAUAACACCAUUUAUUCAUAACUUAGAUACUGACCACAGUUGAAAUUGUUAAGCACAUGUUCGUUCUUAUCACUCACAAAAAAAGGAAAAGAAGAGUAAAUCACGCCAUAGUUAUGUUAUGUUAAUGUUAUGUUAUGACGUCAGCGGUGUCCCGGAUGUUCUCCGCCAUAUUGUUGAAGAGUAUCCAGAAGUUAUUAAACCGUGCUGCGUUCA